CGCGGUGCCGGUGGGAUGAUGUUCGGCCUUCCACCAACUGGGGCGGACAUGAACCAGCCGCGCGGUCCCAUGACUUCGCUGAAGGAGGAACCGCUCGGAGCCCGAGCCUGGAUGCAACCGGCCGUCGAUCAGGCAAACUUGGGCAUUGGACGAGCGCACUUCGAGAAGCAACCGCCAAGCAAUCUGCGAAAGUCAAACUUCUUCCACUUCGUGGUUGCCCUGUACGAUCGGGCCGGUCAGCCCAUCGAAAUCGAGCGGACCGCUUUCAUCGGCUUCAUCGAGAAGGAUCAGGAACCGGACGGUCAGAAGACGAACAACGGCAUCCAGUACCGGUUGCAGCUGCUGUACGCUAAUGGUGCUCGCCAGGAACAGGACAUCUUCGUGCGGCUGAUCGACUCGGUAACGAAACAGGCGAUCGUGUACGAAGGCCAGGACAAGAAUCCGGAGAUGUGCCGAGUACUGCUGACGCACGAGGUCAUGUGCAGUCGCUGCUGUGACAAGAAAAGCUGUGGCAAUCGUAACGAAACACCGUCAGAUCCUGUGAUUAUCGAUCGAUUUUUCCUUAAGUUUUUCCUCAAGUGCAACCAAAACUGUCUAAAGAAUGCGGGCAACCCACGGGACAUGCGACGAUUUCAAGUAGUGAUAGCGACCCAGGUGGCCGUGGACGGGCCGCUGCUGGCCAUCUCGGACAACAUGUUCGUCCACAACAACAGCAAGCACGGGCGCCGGGCAAAGCGGCUCGAUCCCGAAGGUACAGCCAAUUCUCCGUUGGCAAUGUCGGGCCACCAUCUGGCCCCGGACAGUACGUACGACGGCAUCUAUCCACCGCUUCCAAUGGCUACACCUUGCAUCAAGGCCAUCUCACCAAGCGAAGGCUGGACUACGGGUGGAGCUCAGGUAAUUAUCGUCGGUGAUAAUUUCUUCGAUGGAUUGCAAGUUGUCUUCGGCACUAUGCUCGUGUGGAGUGAGCUUAUCACAUCGCAUGCGAUUCGUGUCCAAACGCCACCCCGACACAUACCCGGAGUCGUCGAGGUAACUCUGUCGUAUAAAAGUAAACAGUUCUGCAAAGGAUCACCCGGUCGAUUCGUUUAUGUCUCACUCAGUGAACCGACGAUCGAUUACGGUUUCCAACGGCUUCAGAAGCUAAUUCCGCGCCAUCCCGGAGAUCCGGAGAAGCUGCCGAAGGAGAUCAUUCUAAAGCGUGCGGCAGAUCUGGCGGAAGCACUCUACUCGAUGCCACGUUCGCCCAACGGGACGUCCGGAUUCAAUUCGUACAGUGGGCAGCUUGCCGUCAGUGUACAGGAUGGAACUGGCCAGUGGACUGAAGAUGAGUAUACACGAGCCCAAAGUAGUAGUGUAAGUCCACGAGGUGGAUACUGCAGCAGCGCUUCGACACCCCAUUCGUCCGGCGGUGGAUCGUACGGCAGCAGCAAUGGGUACGCAACCGCACCCAACAUGACCGGUCUAUCAUCAUCACCUGCGAGCGUCUUCAACUCCUCUACAAGAAUCAAUGGGCUGAUGAGUGGUGGCAGUGGCUUCAGCCCGUACUCGAUGACGACCUGCGCCUCACAGGGCUACACGCCGAGUCCGUUGGCCGCAACCACCACAUCCAAAUGAGCGCUUACACCGGGGGUAGCGAUCGCCGGCAUUGAGCCUCCGGUGGAAUCCUGUUAAAUAGUUUUCGGGAGAUUAUUUUGUACAAAAAGGAAAAUGGCGGGAAAAUGGUUUUGUUUUUAGUACAUCCUCUGCAUUACGGUUUUAUAAUCUCGACUCUAGGGCGCGAACGAAGCGAAAGCGUCUAGCACGAUACUAAAACUACUAGCUGUAUUAAAUGAUUUAGCUUUUAUGUAAACAUUUUUAUUUACUGUGCAAUAACAGACAAAUGCUGCGCGUGCAUUGAACACUUGGUACCAAAACAAAACUGGCGGCAAGGUAGCAAAAAAAAUACGCGCUAAGGUCCUUCGACACUCUUUGUACAGUCUCUGUAAAGUAUGUUUAUUCAGCUCACAGUCACAUGUUUUUGUACCGUAAGGGCAUAAAUGGGCCCUCUUUGGAGAGUGGGGGCAAACGUGCAUACUAUACAUAUAUAAAUACUUAAAAUAGUUAAUUUUUUGCCAAAAAAAGGGAAUGACUAAAGAAUGAAAAGGGAAAAACACACAUUGAGACUUUAACCCCCAUUUAACGAUUAAUCUUAUAUACACUAAACUAAUCGAAUCUGAUAGCUCGCGAGUCAACGAAGUGGGGCGCAUGCGUAAUAUUUUCUCAAAAUUCCAGAUAGUGGAAUGCAGGAAAAAUUUCCUGCUAUCAGUAGUAAAAUCGAAAAGAGAUCACCGAUAGCAGAUCAGACAGUCCGGUGCUGGUAGAGGGUAGAUCGCUUCGGAUCGAAACGAAUCAAAACCAAUCGAGUACAUAUCGAAAGCGAACGUAGCCGGGUUUAAAUUUGGCCAGCGUUUGAAUCCGUCGGAAAGCAACAGCCACAGCCCAGGACUCAUCACCACAAUCAUAUCUUUAUGAAAAUAAUCAUUUAAUGCAAAAUAAAAUUACAGAACACAUUAUGAAAUGCAGCCAAAAUUUACCAGCCGUUAAAAUCUAAAUGUUUGAACACGAAGAAAAGAAACACA